AUGUGGAAGAUGCAGAAAAUGUUCUGCCGUGUGUUGUGGGUGUGGGAGUUCUUUCUUUUUCUCCUCCGCGGCAUCUUCAUCGCGAUUGCAGACCACUACAUCAUGUACAUUCACACAGGGCGGGUCUGGCUCAGCAAGCGGAACCAGGCGCCGUCACUGAUGCGGGGCGACUUGGUCAUGCAACUGGCUGCCUCAUCGCCACACCACAGCGCGGCCACCGAGAAGACGAUCUUUCUUCAGCUGAACCACUCCUUCAUUGACCGUCGCCUGUGGGUUGGCCUCGACGAAGUAGGUGUCGGACCAUCAGCGAUCGUCACUGGCGUAUCGUAUGGCGGGAUCGGAUUUUACACAGCACUGAAUUUGCUUCUGAGCGGCGUGAAUGUGCACGUGGUGGCGCGCAAUGUCCAAAAGGCCGAGCGAGCUCGCUACCUUCUUGCAAGCGCUGUCGACCGCCAGUUGAUGUUGCACAAGGAGUGGAGCGGGCGAGUGGGACGUGUGCUGGUUCACACGUGCGACAUGAGUAACACGGCGGCUGUCUGCGACUUUAGUGACGCCGUCGCGGCAGACCCAGCGCUGCGCAUCAUCAUCUGCAACGCUGGUCCCAUGUGCAGCCCACCGAGGCUGUCGCAGCAGCAUCUUGAGGAGCAGUUUGCUACGCAUCACGUUGGGCAUAGUCUGCUGAUGCUGCGGCUGCUACAGCGCCGCUUGCAGAGCUCUCGCUUGCAUUCGAUGGCAAUGCCGCCGCCGUGGCGCUUUGUUGUGCUGACAUCUGCGUCAGCGGCAACAGCCAACCCAACGGCGGUGUCCACCUUUCACGAGUGGGACAGCCAGGAGGAGCUGGAGCGCCAUUUUAGCCGCUUCGAUGGGUACGGCAACGCCAAGAUGUCGGGGCUGCUUUUUGCCUUCUCGCUAGCUCACUUUAUUGAGAAGCAGCAGAUCUUGGCGGCGACCUGCACUGUGAAUGUCUUGCAUCCCGGCCCGAAUCGCAGCCAUAUCAUACCAAACAGCCAACUCCCGUUGCAGUGGCUGAUCAACGGUGAGGCGGCGGCGCUGUUCCGCAUGGCGCCGGUGAUUGGCUCCAUGUACGUGGUGGACCUCGCCCUCUCACGGCGCCACGAGCACUCCAACGGCCACUUCUUUCGAAUGGGUCAAAACCAGUCAGUAUACUACCGCGGCAUGGUGCACGACGCCCGUCAGCGUACGGGCUUCAAGAACUCCACGUUAUUCCCUGGCAUACCAGGACCCGCUGUAUCGCUGUCGAUUGCGAAGCAGCAGUGGAUGUGGACGGCAACGCUGAACUACUUUACUGCAAAGGAGUUGAUUGACGCCCGCCUUUUCUCCCUCCCAUGA